CAGCAUUGUUAUCUUAAGACACUCAUCUGGUGUCUGAGUCUGCAGGUGACACUGCUUAGGUGCGGAGCGCCGAGUCGGAGCGGGGACGCGCCGGGCUGCAGCGCUGGGACGGGAUCCGCCUGCCUCGGAAGCUGCUGGCGGCUGCUCCGGCCGCGCCUCCGCUGAGCUCCGAGGUUCCCGGGGGCACCUGCCCGGGGACGUGCACCUGCCGGGCGCUGCGAGCUCGGGGGCAGGUCUGCAGGCGGCCGCGGGAGCAGCGAAGCCGGAGGAGCUGUCCUCGCCCAAGUGCCAGGCAGUAAUUUGGGAGAGAGACAGAGGGAGGGAGGGAGAGAGGGCGGGUGAGUCUCUUUGGAGUUGGAAGGAAAGCAGGAUCUUGGGUUUCUCUUCCGCGGAGGGACGGGGGACUCCCCCGCCGGGGGUUUGCACUUUGCUCCCGUCUCUCCCGCGUGCGCCCCGGCCUGGCGCCGAGGCCCCACUUGGAGCAUGCUUUGGGUGACGGGGACCCUCGCGGCUCCGCGGGAAGGCAGCAGGCAAGUGGUCUAGCGGCGGCGGCGGCGGCAGCCAAGCCCGGAGCGAGAGAAUUUGAAAAGAGACAUCCGCUCCCUCUCACCGGCUGAGGGGGAGGCAUUCGCGUUCCCCCAAAUGAGAAAGAGCCACAAGAAACCAUGAAGUAAAAACUUUGGAAAGCUGCCACUGGAGAUGUUGCACAAAAACCUGGAAUGUUUUAGGAGUCUCCUCCCAGUCGGUGGAGGUUUGGGGAGCAGCUGAUACGGCAAGGAGGGCUCUUGCAAGGAUUCAAGGAGCCCUGGAGGAGAGGCACAGAGGCGGAGAGCGUGGCGAGAGAAUGAAGACACCAACCGGCCGGGAGAAGCAUGAGGUGGCAGUGCGGCACUCGGUUUAGAGGGCUCGGGCGGGCGGCGGCCCCAUGGGCAACCCUGCUGGCGCUCGGCCUCCCGGGCUGGGUGCUGGCGGUCUCGGCCACGGCCGCCGCGGCGCCCCCCGAGCAGCAUGCCCCCCCCGCCGGCCAGCCGCCCCUGGACUGGCUGCUCACCGACCGCGGCCCCUUCCACCGCGCCCAGGAGUACGCUGACUUCAUGGAGCGCUACCGGCAGGGUUUCACCACCAGGUACAGGAUCUACAGGGAGUUUGCCCGUUGGAAAGUAAACAACUUGGCUCUGGAAAGGAAGGACUUCUUCAGUUUGCCAUUGCCUCUUGCCCCAGAAUUUAUCCGGAACAUUCGCCUCCUCGGAAGGAGACCCAACCUACAACAGGUUACCGAAAACCUGAUAAAAAAGUACGGCACUCAUUUCUUACUUUCUGCCACCCUUGGAGGAGAGGAGUCUCUGACCAUUUUUGUGGACAAGCGAAAACUGAGCCGCAAGACAGAGACAGCAGGAAGUGUACCUGUGGUCGGGGGCAGUGGAAACAGCUCUGCUGUGUCCCUGGAGACCCUGCACCAGCUGGCAGCCUCCUACUUCAUCGACAGAGAGAGCACACUGAGGCGGCUGCACCAUAUCCAGAUAGCCACAGGCGCCAUCAAGGUCACGGAGACCAGGACUGGCCCCUUGGGCUGCAGCAACUACGACAAUCUGGACUCCGUGAGCUCGGUCCUGGUGCAGAGUCCGGAGAACAAAGUGCAGCUGCUCGGCCUGCAGGUGCUGCUGCCCGAGUACCUGCGUGAGCGCUUUGUGGCCGCGGCCCUCAGCUACAUCACGUGCAGUUCUGAAGGCGAGCUCGUCUGCAAGGGCAAUGACUGUUGGUGCAAAUGCAGCCCCACCUUCCCGGAAUGCAACUGUCCUGAUGCUGACAUCCAGGCCAUGGAGGACAGCCUGCUGCAGAUCCAGGACUCUUGGGUGACCCACAACCGGCAGUUUGAGGAAUCAGAGGAAUUCCAGGCCCUGCUGAAGAGGCUGCCUGACGACAGGUUCCUGAACUCCACGGCCAUCUCCCAGUUCUGGGCCGUGGACACCAGCCUUCAGCACCGCUACCAACAGCUGGGAGCCAGCCUGAAGCUGCUGGUCAAGAAGACACAUCGCAUUGUCCGCCGGCUCUUCAACCUCUGCAAGCGCUGCCACCGGCAGCCUCGCUUCCGCCUGCCCAAGGAGAGGUCUUUGUCCUACUGGUGGAAUCGAGUCCAGUCCCUGCUCUACUGUGGAGAGAGCACGUUCCCUGGCACCUUCCUGGAGCAGAGCCACAGCUGCACCUGCCCCUAUGACCAGUCCUCCUGCCAGGGCCCCAUCCCGUGUGCCUUGGGGGAGGGGCCAGCGUGUGCCCACUGUGCUCCGGACAACAGCACGCGCUGUGGGGGCUGUAACCCAGGCUAUGUGCUAGCCCAGGGCUUGUGCCGGCCAGAGGUGGCUGAGUCCCUGGAGAACUUUCUGGGGCUAGAGACAGACCUGCAGGACCUGGAGCUGAAGUACCUGCUGCAGAAGCGGGACAGCCGCAUUGAGGUGCACUCCAUCUUUAUCAGCAACGACAUGCGUCUGGGCAGCUGGUUCGACCCUUCCUGGAGGAAGCGCAUGCUGCUCACCCUGAAGAGCAACAAAUACAAGCCUGGGCUAGUGCACGUGAUGCUGGCCCUGUCCCUGCAGAUCUGCCUCACCAAGAACAGCACCCUGGAGCCUGUCAUGGCCAUCUAUGUCAACCCUUUUGGGGGCAGCCACUCUGAGAGCUGGUUCAUGCCUGUGAAUGAGGGCAGCUUCCCCGACUGGGAGAGGACUAACGUGGAUGCAGCCGCCCAGUGCCGAAACUGGACGAUCACCUUGGGAAACAGGUGGAAGACCUUCUUUGAGACUGUCCACGUUUACCUCCGGAGCCGAAUCAAGUCCCUGGAUGACAGCUCCAAUGAGACAAUCUACUACGAGCCCCUGGAGAUGACCGAUCCCUCCAAGAACUUAGGAUACAUGAAAAUCAACACAUUGCAGGUCUUUGGCUACAGCCUACCUUUUGACCCGGAUGCUAUCCGGGACUUAAUUCUCCAGUUAGACUACCCAUACACUCAAGGUUCCCAGGACUCUGCCCUCUUGCAGCUCAUAGAGCUUAGGGACCGGGUAAACCAGCUUUCUCCACCCGGCAAGGUCCGGCUUGACCUUUUCUCCUGCCUGCUCCGGCAUCGGCUCAAGCUGGCCAACAAUGAGGUGGGCAGGAUCCAGUCCUCCCUGAGGGCUUUCAAUUCCAAGCUGCCAAACCCCGUGGAGUAUGAGACAGGCAAACUCUGUAGCUAAUGGGGGCCCCCCUCCAGUGCUGGGCGGGGAGGUGAUCCAGGGUGAUCCAUGAAAUCCAGGGUGCAAAGAUCAUCCAAGCCCUCACCUUAGUGCCAACAGGGUUCUCCCUUGAGACUUUCAGCACCCAGCAGACAGGACCUCAGGGCUUGGACUGAAGCAGGCAGGAGAGAAAGGAAGCGCUACUGCACAUGCGCACACGCUCACCAUGUGCAUGUGCGAGCACACACACACACACACGCGUGCAAACACACACGCUCUCACUCACACAGGGAGGCUACCCCUGAGCAGCCUCAAAUCUGUAAAGUCGGUGCUUUCAAAUGAAUGCAGUUGAAAGAGAGGAGCCAAGGGAGAGAUUAGAAAAAGAACCAGCCAACCCAUGAAAAAAUAAAUCCUUAAAAGUGAUUCUUAUCAUUCAAGAAGGCAAGAGGGGGCACAGCGGUAGGAGUGGGAGCAGCUCCUCCUCCCUCUCCGUGGAGUCACUUUUGUAUUCUUUUUAACCAGAUUUCUUAAAAUGGCAUUGUUUCGUGAUUCCCCACGUUGGUUCUUACUUUUUGUACGCUGCCUCGUCUGCACCCUCCCAGACACUGACUGCCUCUCAAGCCGGCUCCCCUGAGAAACUCAAGGUGAUACCAACAGAGGACCGUAAGGGCGGGCAGGCAGGCUUGCUCUGCUCCCCACUCCUCCCUCCCUCCGGCCCCCCCGCUUCCUCAGCCUCCCCACUUUGCUCUGUGUACCCUCGUGGUCCAGCCGGAGCUCCUCUUCCAACAGCACCCAUUCUGCCCAAGAAAGCAGCUCUGUCAAGUUAGAAAGAGACAAUGUAUAGGGAAAUGUUCUUUUUUAAAAACGAAACAAAAACAAAACAAAAAUAUUUAUUUUGUGAUUGUUUUCUUUGUCAAUCUGCUCCAGCCACAUGAACAUACAAGUAAAAGUUUACCUGAUUUAA